AUGGCUUCUAUCCCGCGCGAUUACGAUCAGUCACUCGAUACUGAGAACUCCAUGUUCCCCGAGUUCGAAAACAACAGCACAUCCCUGUUCCGUCCGCUCAGAAGCCCCAGGCUCCCAACCCACCCCGCUGACGCCGCCUCCGAUUCAACCACAGCCUUUAUCCCAGCUGGUCUCGAAGAAGAAGAAGGCUAUUUCGGCGACACCGAAACAACCAAACCUCGCAAAAAGCGUGUCCGUAAAAACCGCGGGCGUUCAACAGCCCCUCCCGAAGAUGAAGCUCACUUCGCGAAUCCUAACGCCGUUGCUUUCAUGGCGAACCUCCCCGGAGAGGUAGUAGGCUUCGAUGAGCCGGAAGAUGCUAAACCGCCUUCCAUGCCCUAUGGAAUGCCCAGCGCUCAACAGCUAGGAAUCAUGAGGGUUCUUGCUGCCUUCACCCGGUCACAGACCCACGAUCGCAGCUUACAUGGCAACGGACCUCUUAACGGACGCGGCAACGAUUCCACUGCGCCAAACUCUUCGCAGGGGAGUAACGCCUCAUAUUCCUCUGCUGGUAAUGCGCAGGCUUCGUCAAGAUUUCAUGGUGCUGGUCCGUCGAUGAGUACAACUUUCACACCAACUGGUGCUGUUGUCUCGCCGCUUGAGGCUCCGCCGAGGUACACUACAUCUGGAUCUACUCAGUCGACCUUCGAGCCUCCGCCGCCAUACACUCGUGGAAGACGCCUUACCCGGGACAACUAG